UAGCUUUUAAUAAAUGAAAUCGGCUGUUUUCGCGGAAACUUUUCGAGCUGUACAUUUCAUUCAUAUUAUUUUAAAGUAAGCUCUCAUAAAAUAAGUGAAUGUAUAUUGAAAAUCACAAAAAACAACAGCGCAAAGAAAAAUAAAUAACUUCCCUCACUAUCAAAAUAAUGGUGUGCCACCUCUAAACAGUAGGAGGCCGUUAAUACAAAUACAUACAAUUGAUUAUAUAUUACAUUUCUCCUAUAAAAUAUUGUUGACAAAUUCCAAAUCAAGUCUUCCCGGUUUUGAGACAAUAUACUUUUACUCUCUGUAGGUGCCGUGCUAUUGUCUACGAACGUGUUUUGUUGUGUGUCGUGGCAAAUAACUUGAAUUUCUGCAUUUGGUGUUUCGAAUCAAAGUGAAUUAAUAUUCAACAAAAUGUCCAUAAACCUACGAACCGUGUACGCGUUUGCAAGGGAAAUGUACCCAAAGAAGUCGACAGCACCAAUACAAUAUGGCACGGCAGGUUUUCGUGGCAAAGCCGAAUUCUUGGACAGUGUUAUGUACCGCAUGGGCGUUUUGGCUACACUUCGUUCUCGAAUUCGUGGCGGCGCUGUAAUUGGUGUAAUGGUCACUGCCUCCCACAAUCCAGAGCCGGAUAAUGGUGUCAAGUUGAUUGACCCAAAAGGUGAAAUGCUGGAAGCCAGUUGGGAAUCCAUUGCGACUGAUUUGGCUAAUGUUGAGGACAGCGAACUUGAAGCGCAUGUUGCCAAAAUUAUAAGUGAUAAUAAAAUAGACGUAGGUUCAUCUUCCAAUGUAUUUGUCGGUAUGGAUAACCGCUACCAUAGUCCACGGCUGCUAAAGGCUGUGGCUGACGGUGUAAUUGCGCUAAAGGGAAAUGUGCGUGAGUUUGGUAUUGUUACGACGCCAAUGUUGCACUUCUUUGUAGUGGCUGCUAAUACUAGAGGCGCCUACGGCCAGCCAACGGAGGAAGGAUACUACAGAAAAUUGAUCACGGCGUUUGAAAUAUUACGCGGUGAUAAUUUAGAAAAUGGCAACUACCGCAAUAAGUUGGUAUUCGAUGGCGCAAAUGGUGUGGGUGCACGAAAAAUGCUGCAAUUCAUUAAACGUAUGCAUGAUUCCUUGCAAGUGGAUGUAAUUAAUAAGGGAGAUGGAAAAAUAAAUGAGAAUUGCGGUGCUGAUUAUGUGAAAGUGAAGCAAGGAGUGCCCAUAGGUAUGCCGAUUGUGGAACCAUAUACCCGUUGUGUGAGCGUCGAUGGUGAUGCCGAUCGCGUAGUAUACUUCUUCACCGAUGAUAAGAAUCAGUUUAGAUUAUUGGAUGGUGACCGUAUUGCUACGUUAGUAGCGGACUAUCUUAUGGAUAUGGUAAAACGUUGUGGGCUUGAUUUGAGUAUGGGUUUGGUGCAAACCGCAUAUGCUAACGGUGGUUCAACGGAUUAUAUUUCCAAUACGUUGCAAGUACCAGUGGCAUGCGUACCCACUGGUGUUAAGCAUCUGCAUCAUAAAGCACUACAAUACGAUAUUGGUGUAUAUUUUGAGGCUAACGGACACGGUACUGUUAUUUUCAGCGAAAAUGCUAAGAGUCUGAUAAAAGCGGCAUCCGAAACAAGUGUGGACGCGAAAACACUACUGCAUGUUAUAGAUCUCAUCAAUGAAACCGUUGGCGAUGCCAUAUCGGACAUGUUGCUAGUCGAAACAAUUUUGAACCAUAAGGGCUGGGACGUUAAAGAUUGGUUGGCGACGUACGAUGAUUUGCCGAAUCUUCAAUUGAAAAUUAAAGUUCAAGAUCGUAAUGUCAUCACCACAACCGAUGCAGAGCGUGUUUGUGUGACACCAGUGGGUCUGCAAGAAGCCAUAGACAAAGUGGUAUCAAACUAUAAAAGAGGCCGUGCGUUCGUAAGACCAUCAGGUACAGAAGAUGUUGUGCGUGUAUAUGCUGAAGCAGCUACUAAAGACGAAACCGAAAGCCUUGCUUAUGAAGUGGGAAUUUUAGUGCAACAGCUGGCUGGAGGCGUUGGACCAGAGCUAAUUCAUCCUGGAAAGACAAUAAGUGCCCACAUCUAAAUAUUUUAAUUAUUCCUCUCUCAAAAGAAAAAAACUAUUUCAAGCUGAAAUCUGCCUUCAAAGCGGACUCUUUAAUGCUCUUGCUACACAACGAUAAAAUGCCUAAAAGUUACUUACAUGUACAUGCCUUCCUUAAAAUAAGUAGUUAGAAGAAAACACUUUCAUUUAUUUUCUACAGAUCGUUUAAUAUUGUGUUACAUGUUAUUAUUAUUAUUAUUAUUUGUAUUUUUUUUUUUGUACUGCAGAUGUGCAUUUAAAUUUGCUUUGUAAUGUGAAACUGCCUUGAAUUAAAAAAAUAUUAUAUGUAAAAGAUAUAUGUAUGUAUGCAUGAAUUGAGUUUUAACUAUGUAUUAAAUGUACAUACAGACAUAUGUUCAAGAAGUUAUGUGCUUAUUUCAUUUUGUUUUUACUGCGAUAAUGUGCUCGCCUUUAAUAGAAAAUUGCGUUAAAUCAAAACAUAAUAUGCUAGGGCUCCAUUACAAAAAUAUUUGUAAAUUGAAUUUACUUUAAGUAUUAAAAUGCGUUAAUAAAACAACGAAAUACAUUCUUAUACAAACACCUUUGAGUUUAAUUGUAGUACUUUUGAAAAUAGUAAUUCUAUAAUGCAACAUGCAAUUCUCAGAAGUUGAAAAAUCAAUCUUAAUUAUUUAUCCUUUCAUAAAAGUGCAAACUUUUGUUUUUAAGAAUUUAAAUUUAAUUUCAACUUUGCUUUCAAUCCAAUGACAACAGUUGAGCUAUUUAAAGAAUUUGACAUUCACAUGAUUUUACUGGUCCUUUAAUCAAAUUGGCACUACGAAAACGAUGAAACAGGUGCUCCAAUCGCAGGUAAAAUAAUCCAAAACGACCAUUCUAACAGCAGUAAAGUCAACGUAUCUUGAAAAGACGUGAAGCGCCACAAUGGCGUCACAAUGAUAAACUGCAAAUUUUCUUCUUCAAUAAUCAAGAUCUGCUAAUCGAGAACACUCAAGAAAAAAUUAUUUUGGUGUUGGCUUACUAAAUAACAUUUCCGUUCCCACAAUUUACAUCCGGUUAAGAGCUGCCAACUCAAAAUUGGGAAAUAUUUUAUCCCACGACAAGAACAACAACAAUUGACAAACUUGCAUUUUUGCUGCAAAGACACAAUGGAGAUGUGCAAAAAACCAUAAAAUGUUGUUUUUUUUUUUAUAGCCUGCAAACGAUUAGUGAGAAUGGCUGCUUUAACUGGUUUUGAUUUAAAAAUUUUCCAUUUUAAGUUGAUUGCGUUCACACGCGAAAAUUGUUGUGACCCAAACUCAGUUUGACGCCGAAAAGUAAUGAACAAAGAUGAAGGGCUUUGUAUUCCUGUUCGUAAUAUUUCGCUUUUAUUUUCAUUUGAAAUUCGUUCCAAAGCUAAAAUUGAGAAAAAUUGUUUUAGAAAAUAUAAGUACAGAUACCAACAUUAUAUAACACUUUUUUUACAUCAAAGCGAAAGUCUGAGGUAAAGCGAAUCAAAAGUUGUAUGUGAAUCAGCUAUAACUAAUGUCAAAUAACUGUCAAUUUUAAACAUUUUAUCAGCCUCUAGAGACUCUGUACAAGGUGCCGCUACAAAAUGUUUGUAGAUAUGAAAACUGGUAGUAAGAUUAUUUACAUAAAAUCGAAUGCCUGUUUGAAUGUCCGCUAAAAUAUGAAGUAAAGGCAAAAUAAUGUAAUAGUUAAAUCUUUAUCACUUUAUUAUUAAUCUUUGCAACUUCCUGUAUUCAAUUUUGGCAUAAGUGCUAUGAAAAUAUACUAAAUAUCUAAUAUUUUAGUGAAAAAUAAUAAUUUUUUGAUAUACUGCUUUUGACCUCUGUGAUUGAUGCUUAUGUAAAUAUAAAAAAUUUCGAAGCGUUUAUGAAUACUGCUAUUUAUGAGUAAAGUAUCGAUAUAAUUUUGUGUUCAAAAAUUCGAUAAAAUAUUAACAUCGAUGUAAACUGUCAACGAUUAGUACAUCGUUUGCCUUGUCAGCUAAACGGGCUAGGAUUGUCUGAUGCAAUAGUACAUCGAGUUCUUAUUUUUAUAGAAAGUAGUUUAAAAGAAACUUCUAUCAACGUUGAAAGGACAAACAAUUAAUAUAUUUGAAAUUACAAUUAUGGACGCAGAAGACG